UUUUUGUUUUUGUUUGUAAAGUCGCUGUAAAAAGGUAGGGUAUAGGGGGUGUUGUUUUUGUAAUGAUGUACUGGGUUGAAGCCAAGUGUUAUGUAGGGGACAUAACCCAAAAACAAACCAAACCCAUCAAUCAUCAGACCCUAGCCGAGAGCUCCCUUGUUUUAGUAGCUCCCUGCUGCUCUGCUGAAACAAUAAUAAUAAUUGACUGAUGAAAGAAAGAAAGAGAAGGAGGAGAGAAAAAGUAAUGAAUGAAUGAAUGAAUUGAGAGCUCUAUCUGCUUAAUUUUAAAACCCCAUUUCCAUCCAUCAUCCAUCCCCCACAACAACACAAACAUCCAACUAACUCUCUUUCACUAGUCUCUACAAAAAGAAAAAGAGGAGAAAAAAAAGUGAAAAAACCCUCACUUAAAAAUUUAGGGGUUUUCUUUAGCAAAGGGUCUCUGAAAAGUUUGGGGGAUUUUCAAGAGCUGAAAAAAAGAGAGAGUGGGGGGUGGAAGUGGAAGGGGAAGGGGAAAGAAACAAGGAAGUUCUCUCAUUGUAGAGUGGGGUUUGUUUCAAUUUGAAAUCUCAGCUGGUUUUGUUUGAGAAUACAGUGAGUGAAGAAGAGAUGCCAAGACCAGGUCCAAGGCCAUAUGAGUGUGUUAGAAGAGCUUGGCAUAGUGAUAGACAUCAACCCAUGAGAGGUACUCUCAUUCAAGAAAUUUUCAGAGUUGUGAAUGAUAGUCAUAGUUCUUUGACAAAGAAAAAUAGAGAAUGGCAAGAAAAACUACCUGUUGUUGUCUUAAAAGCUGAAGAAAUCAUGUAUUCUAAAGCCAAUUCUGAGGUUGAAUAUGCAGAUGUUAAAACCCUAUGGGAUCGGGUGAAUGAUGCCAUUGAUACGAUUAUUAGAAGAGAAGAAGGUAGUGAAACAGGAGAAUUUUUACAGCCUUGUAUAGAAGCUGCUCUGAUUUUGGGUUGCACUCCAAGAAGAGCUUCAAGGAGCCAAAGGAAUAUUAAUCCAAUAUGUUAUCUCAGUCCCAACAAGCAAGAGCCAUCUUCCCUACCUCCAAGAGUUCCAGACAGUAUAACCCAUGGGGGAGGAUCCUCGCAUUUGCAGCCACUUCCUUCUGUCAAUCCUACUUCCAAUCCACAAUUCAUGUCAUACCAUGUAAAUUUCCCAAGAUCCAUGACCCCGAACACAAAUUUGUUGGGUCGGGAAUCUUGCAGUGGUACAGCAAUGGAUCAACAUCAGCCCAUUCAUCAAGGAGUCCCAUUGUCCUUAGAGGCUCCCGUUCGACAUGUAGAUAAUCAAAAUUUUCCCGAAUCAGCAAACCGCUCGUUGAAUUUUGGCCGAGUUUAUCCCUUGUAUGAUGUUACUCCCCAUGAAAUUAUAAGACCUCAGUUUGGUUUUCAAACUUCACAAUACUUACAUUCUAACACUGCUACUCUUGACACGCCUCGCAUUCAGUCGUAUGUAGAAGCGCCGGUGAAGGGUGUUUUGAAGAAUCUCUUCCCUGUUGACAAACCUGCGAAUGCUUUAAACAGAACCAAUCAAGUAUGUAUGACAAGCAAACCUGAAAACCCAUCUGAGAGUGAUUGUGAUUUAUCAUUGCGGUUGGGCAUUCAAUCAGCUUCUGGUGCUGGGGCAGGAACCAGUGGUCGCCAAAGUGUAGAAUUGGAAAACAUUCAGUAUGGUAAAUCUCAGGAGUACUGUUUCUUUCCUGGAAAAGGUGCUAAUGAAUCGUUGGAUUCAACAAGAAAAGUGUUUGUUGAGGGUGGUGAGGGUUUACAUUUAGAGUCAUCAUCUAGUAAGAAGCGGAAAGAACAUGUUAGGAGCUCUAAUGAGGAUGUGCAUUAUCCUCAACAGAGAAAUUUUCCUCCAGACUUGUUUCUUGGUAAAAUGAAGAGGCCAGAUAAGUAGAAAAUCAAUCAUAUAAUCAAUUUUUUGAAAUCUUGAGAUUACUCGAAGGAGAUAUCUCUAUGAAUCUUCUUUGACAUUGAAUCUUGUUGUAGUUCUUCUAUUUUUCCUUUUUUUUUUGUGGUAAUUUUUGAUAAGUUGUAAUUGCAACAAUGUGAAGUGUAAAGAGCUCAGCGGCCCCAAGUUUCGUUAGACAACGUGUAUAACAAAUUGGAUUAGAAAUUCAUUUUUUGCA